AUGUACGGCAAGGGUAAAGGAGCUGUGGUCCCCUCCGAUAGUCAAGCAAGAGAAAAGUUAGCGUUAUAUGUGUACGAGUACCUGCUACAUGUGGGAGCACAGAAGUCUGCACAGACCUUCCUGUCUGAGAUUCGAUGGGAGAAGAAUAUUACAUUAGGGGAGCCCCCUGGAUUCCUCCAUUCGUGGUGGUGCGUAUUCUGGGAUUUGUAUUGUGCGGCUCCAGACCGAAGGGAGACAUGCGAGCACUCCAGUGAGGCCAAGGCCUUCCAUGACUACAGCGCAGCAGCAGCGCCCAGCCCAGUGAUGGGCAACAUGCCCCCCAACGACGCCAUGCCAGGUGGUCCCAUGCCCCCAGGCUUCUUCCAGGGACCACCCGGCUCUCAGCAGUCCCCCCACGCACAGCCCCCCCCACACAACCCCAGCAACCCCAUGAUGGGACCCCAUGGCCAGCCUUUCAUGUCACCGCGGUAUCCAGGUGGACCGCGCCCCGCACUCCGAAUGCCAAAUCAGCCUCCUGGGGGAAUCCCUGGAUCUCAGCCUCUCCUGCCAAACAGUUUGGACCCGACAAGACCGCAAGGACAUCCUAACAUGGGUGGACCAAUGAGAAUGAACCCUCCUCGAGGAAUGGCCAUGGGCCCACAGAAUUACGGAGGCAUGAGGCCUCCUCCCAACUCCAUGGGCGGUCCCAUGCCAGGCAUGAACAUGGGUCCUGGAGGAAGAGGGCCUUGGCCAGGACCUAAUGCUAACUCUAUAGCGUACUCCUCCUCAUCUCCAGGAAACUAUGUGGGUCCUCCAGGCGGAGGAGGUCCACCUGGAACUCCCAUCAUGCCCAGCCCAGGUGAUUCAACCAACUCCAGUGAAAACAUCUAUACAAUGAUGAAUCCUAUUGGACCAGGAGGCAACAGACCCAAUUUCCCAAUGGGACCUGGGCCUGACGGGCCAAUGGGAGCUAUGGGGGCCAUGGAGCCACACCACAUGAACGGAUCACUAGGGUCUGGGGAUAUGGAUGGGUUGCCAAAGAGCUCUCCCAAUAACAUGGGGGGCAUGAACAACCCUCCUGGAACGCCGAGAGAUGACGGCGAAAUGGGCGGGAACUUCUUGAACCCAUUCCAAAGCGAAAGUUAUUCACCCAACAUGACGAUGAGUGUGUGA